GGACAGGGUGGCAACCAUCGAGCUAAGCAGCAUUCAACUUUAGCAGACAUCUGUUUAAAAAUUAUCUGGAAAAAUGAGCACCGAAGCGGCGAAAGCGCAAAUCUCGCAGGAGAAAAUUGUGGCCCAGUUCCAACAGCUAAGGAAUGAACAAAGAAACUUGGCCAACAGCCUUAACACGCUGGAAAUGGAUCUGCGUGAACACAAAACUGUGAUAGAAACACUCCAUUCGGCGGAUCCGGAACGUAAAUGCUUUCGUCUAAUUGGUGGCGUGCUGUGCGAACGCACCGUCAAGGACGUCCUGCCGCAGUUAGUGGAGAAUAAGGAUUUCAUAGCGAAAACGAUUACAAUGGUCACCGAGGAUCUGAGCAAAAAGGGUGUGGAACUCAAUAAGUUUAAGGAGGAGCACAACAUCAAGAUACGUGGUGAACAAAUUGGCACUGACGGCGCCAAGUCAUCGGAGCCGGAAAGUGCCAGCAAAUCGGAGAAUCGUAAUGUGCUCGUGUCCAACUAGAAACCCGAACCGAAGUCAAGUCAAAUCAGAAAAGCAAUGCCAAAAUAAGCAGCGUAUUUAUUGUGUCCAAUUGGAGGUUCAUUCAAUAAUUAAUGCAUUGAUUAAUGAUUCUAAUGUUAUAUGUAAUUUUAGCUCUAAGGCGCGACACACACACACACACUUACACACCUCACCACUACCAACUUAACCAUUAAACACACAUUAACACUUGGCCCACAAUUAAAAA